AUGAGCAAAAUCCUCUAUCUCAUCACAGGAAACGUAAAUUUUACCAUAGGCUGGCAAAGUUAGAGAAAUGAAAGAAAUCCUCAGGGCUCCAUUAGAAGCUUCUAAUGUGAAUUUAUACCUAUUUCAAUGAAUUAACACAAUUCUACUGGUUAUUUAUAUGACGGAGACCAUUAAAAUGUUAUAUUCUCUAUAAGUAAGCAUAGAAAUUCUUACUCUUGACUUAAAAGAAAUCCAAGGAACUCCAGAUGAAAUUAUUUCAGAAAAACUAAAAAUUGCUUGCAAUCAAGUAAAUGCACCAGUGAUUUGUGAAGAUACUUGCUUGUGCUUUGAAGCACUUGGAGGAUUGCCUGGCCCUUAUAUGUAAAAUUCAUGUAGUAAAUGGUUCAGAGAAGCAAUCGGAACUCGUGGACUUUUUAAUCUAUUGGUGGGAUUUGAUAAUAAAAAUGCAAGAGCUGAAUGCAGAGUCGGGUAUUGUAAGCCUGGAGAUGAGCCUCAGGUAUUUUGUGGAAGCUGUGAAGGGACUAUUGUAAUGCCAAGAGGGGAUAAGCUUUAUUAUGUAUUUUUGUGUAUUUAAUGUAUUUUAUGGAUUCAUAUUUUGGAAAAAAAUAAAACUUAUAUUUAAUUUAAAAUUCAUAAUGGCUUUGGAUGGGAUCCUAUUUUCCAGCCUAUUGGGUAUGAUCAAACGUUUGCAGAGAUGGACAUGCAUAUUAAAAAUUCAAUUUCACACAGAUUUAGAUCAUUAGAAGCAUUCAAGAAUUUUAUGAUAACUAAUCAAAAUUGGAUUUAG